AUGGGAAAUCCACUGCCCCAAGGGGCUAAGGCCGUCCUCGUGACCGUCGGCACUUCGAAAUUCAACUCGCUAGUCAGGAAAGUGGACGAGGAGGACUUCCAGCGCGAGCUUCAGCGUCUGGGCUACACCCACGUGGUAUACCAGCUCGGCAGGGGCAGCUUCUUCCCCCGGAGCGUCGUGCUCCACGUCACCGUAGAGCGGUACCUCGACGACUUCUGCGCCUGCGUGAGGCAGGCGGACCUCGUCAUAUCGCACCUGGGCGCCGGUAACCUUCUCGAGGUCUUUCGGCACGAAAAGGCUGCGAUCUUCGUUCCGAAUCCUGACGCCAAGGGCCGCCACCAGAACGAGCUGCUCUCAGUCCUAGACCUGCGCUUCGUCGCGAGCCUCGACUCUCUGAAGGAGAGGCUGCGGAACCCCGCCCGGGGCACCGGCGAAUUCUACCCGAGGCUCCUUCCCAGGCGCGAGUUCAACGCCCUCGUCGACUGUCUCGUGAGCCCGGACACCGGCGUGGACAUCAGCUAG